AUGGAUCCAAGUUGGGAGGCGCGGUUUCCGCCAACCGCAUCUAAAGCGUGCAGUCGAUGCCAUUCUCGUAAAGUAAAGUGUGAUCUGACGGUCCCCCGUUGCUCGGCAUGCCAGAAACAGAAUGAGCAGUGCAAUAUCACGGAAUGCGUGACCUAUUCCUACGCUGCUGUCAAAAGCCUACAAGACAGAAUCAAGGAGCUGCAGGCCAAGGUCGACAGUCUUAGCCAAGGCACGGCAGAACAGCCACCUCAAGACCUUGAAGCCAGUCGUUUUGGAGAUUUGCGCAAGGAAGCCGAGGAGAUCGGUGUUCUAGCAAUUGGACGGCCAAAUAGUUAUGUAGACAGACUAUACCUGGGAAGUGCCACCGGCUCAACCUUUGCUCGAAUAUUCUUCAAGCAAAUUGACUUAAAAUCCCCAAUUAGGCAACAUGCGAGUCGUCCGCCAAUGUUUGAUUUGGACCGAGACUUGUUUUGUCACAACGCUGCGCUUCCCCCGCAGCCAGUUGCGAAGCAAUUGCUUGCUGAAUACAUCCGUCGCAUUCAUAUCUGGUGGCCCUUUGUAUCGCUUCCAUUUUUGAGAGCUAGCGUCGGCUGUUUAUACGAAGAUCCAGCUAGAUGUAGUCCCUAUCAAAAGUUUCUGGUUUUGAUGGUUCUGGCCCUUGCUUCUGCACACUCCUCCGAAAGUCAGGAGUACCGUCGAAUGAUGGACUUAAACAGCCCAUCUGACUACUUUCAAACGGGCUUGCGAUAUUUCCUGGACUUUCACGACCAUCCACGGGAUAUUCAAGGGCUACAAUGUGUCCUUCUUCUAAGCUUGUGGAUGCUAAACUCAAACAUAAGAAGCCAUGGCGAUGACCUCUGGCACCUCAGCCGGUAUGCUAUGUCAGCAGCCAUCGAAAUGGGACUUCACCGACGCUCUGCGGCCGCGGGUGACUUCAGCUACGAGGAUACUGAAGUCCGUAACCGCACGUGGUGGUGUGUCUACAGCUUAGAACGACAAAUCGCCUUGAUAACUGGACGGGUCUUGUCCAUUCGAGACCACGCAAUAGACGCACCUAAGCCGGUAGAAAACAGUAUGGAUAGCCUGACGAAUCACGAGGCGCAAUUUGCGCCUACAAUUCACAGGCUCAACGUCAAGCUCUUCAAUCAUCUGGUACGGCUGCGGCAAAUAGGCGGGCGUGUACUGGAAUCUGUGUACAUUGCCAGAGGCGCUGAUGGACGAGCAUCCCGGACUACCUUCCAGAACAUUUGUGACGAAAUCGACAAGAUUCAACAGGAAUUGCAAUCCUGGAAACGGGAUACCGAAGCCUUAGAUAUUGAAGGCACUCGGGAAUAUUCAGAAAUUAAAGUUGAGUAUGGCCUUCUUCUGCUGCUGAUGUAUCGGCCUUCACCCACAUUCAUGAUUCCAUCCCACGAGAUGGUUGAGAUUUCCUCGCGGGCUGUAUCUGGUACCGUACGCCAAUGGACAAAGCUGGAGACACAUCAUGGCAUCAGCGCUGUAUGCCGCUGCUUCCGUCAUGUACAUGCAGUUCUAAUGGUAGGGCUCGCAGGCCUCUACUGCGACUGGUACACGAAAACAAUGGCUCGAAACUCUGACUCUCAUGUACUCCACACCCAUGGAAACGACGUGGCGGCAUGUAUCGAUAUCAUCGACCGCGGGAUUGCCUGGAUGAAAGAAGACUCCCUUUUGAAAUACCGCGACCUUCUGCAGGCUGCUAGGAUCAAAGUCUACGGUCCCGCAGCUUGGGAUUCGCUGAGUUCUCAGGCAAUAGUUACAGAUCAUUCAUCAGCAGCCCCCAUCAACUCUUCCAAUGGACUGGGCAUGUUUGAUUCUGAUGGUCUACAGUCACAAUUAUUUUUCCAAGGUGACGUGCUGGAGACUUAUGUUAGUCAGGUCACAGGUUACUUCGAUACCAGUCAUGUCAAUAUGGAUGAAGGCUUGGCGGCCUGGUAUGGCUCCUUUUUGGAUGAACUUCAACCUAACGACAACGCAGAAUUGGGGUGA